AUGUUGCUCUGCGUUCCCGCCCUGUUCGUGUCGGCGGCACUCGUCGUCAGCGUCUACGGCUCACUUCAGGAGCGACGGCUGUAUGAGGAUCUCAUGCGCAACUACAACAACCUCGAACGACCUGUGGCCAAUCAUUCGGAGCCGGUCACCGUGCAUUUGAAGGUUGCUCUUCAACAAAUAAUUGACGUUGAUGAGAAGAAUCAGGUUGUCUAUGUGAACGCAUGGCUCGAUUAUACGUGGCAGGACUAUAAUCUAGUAUGGGACAUUGCUGAAUAUGGCAAUAUCACAGACGUCAGAUUUCCGGCGGGUAAAAUCUGGAAGCCCGAUGUUCUUCUAUACAACAGCGUCGACACCUCAUUCGAUUCGACGUAUCAGACGAAUAUGAUCGUCUAUUCGAAUGGCCACGUUAAAUGGGUGCCUCCGGGAAUAUUCAAGAUCUCAUGCAAAAUCGACAUUCAAUGGUUUCCGUUUGACGAGCAAAAGUGUUUUUUCAAAUUCGGCUCAUGGACCUAUGAUGGCCAUAAGCUGGAUUUACAGCCGGCCACCGGCGGAUUCGAUAUUAGCGAAUAUCUACCGAACGGAGAAUGGGCGCUGCCUUUGACAACUGUUGAGAGGAAUGUGAAAUUCUACGAGUGUUGCCCGGAGCCCUACCCAGACGUUCACUUCUAUUUGCACAUGAGGCGUCGGACCCUCUAUUACGGAUUCAAUUUAAUCAUGCCGUGCAUUUUGACAACCCUCAUGACCUUAUUAGGUUUCACAUUGCCACCAGACGCCGGCGAGAAGAUCACACUUCAGAUCACCGUGCUUCUUUCGAUUUGCUUCUUUUUAAGCAUAGUGUCUGAAAUGUCGCCACCGACGUCAGAAGCGGUGCCUUUAUUAGGAAUAUUUUUCACUUGUUGUAUGAUUGUGGUCACCGCUUCAACCGUCUUCACAGUAUACGUUUUAAAUCUUCAUUAUCGUACUCCAGAGACACAUGACAUGGGGCCAUUGACGCGCAAUCUUCUACUUUACUGGAUUCCAUGGCUAUUGAGAAUGAAGCGUCCUGGCUAUAAUCUCACCUAUGCUGCAUUACCGCCACUUUUCGCAGUCAAACCCAAUCGACAUUCGGAAUCGCUUAUUAGGAAUAUCAAAGAUAAUGAAUGCUCAUUGUCACGCUCAAACUCCUUCGACGCCGAUCGUCGAUUCAAUCAAUAUAUUAUGAGCCAAUCGACCGGCAACGGGUUGACAGGAUUGCAGAGCACAGCGAUUGGGCCGAAUAACGUUGAUGCCUCCCAACAAGCCACUCUAAUCAUUCUUCAUCGAAUUUAUCAUGAGCUCAAGGUGGUGACGAAACGAAUGGUGGAAAGUGAUAAAGAGGAGCAGGCGUCGAACAAUUGGAAAUUCGCUGCAAUGGUCGUCGAUCGUCUAUGCCUCUACGUGUUCACCAUAUUCAUAAUCGCCUCGACAAUCGGAAUCUUCUGGUCAGCGCCAUAUCUAGUCGCCUAA